AUGCAGAAGACAACUUACUACGACAAUUCAACACUUUUUGGUGGAUAUGCGUCCUAUCAGGUGCAGGGAGCAGCAACUGCCCCUGUCAACGGCUUUGGGGGCUAUGAAGUCCCGGGGUCUCAUCAUCAGCCAACCUUCCAGUCAGCGACCCAACUGGAUGUCGACUCUUACCACCGAUCUGCCUGCUCUUUGCAGUCAUUGGGUGGUAGCAGUGGGCACCAGCCGGAGCAACAGCUAGCCAAAAACAAGGAGCCAAAUGGCAGCUGCAUGAGGCCCACCCUGCCUCCCGAUUGCCACAUUGGCUCUCAAGUGUCCCCGCCAUUGGCUCCCGAUCCAAGCAAUGGUAAUACUGUAGUUCCGCAGCCAGGGGGCAAUGCCGGAGCCUCCUCAACCCCCAAAUCAGGCCACAAUAGGUCAUCAAAUUCCUCCUCCUCUACAUCAUCCUCCUCUUCCUCCACCUCCUCUUCCCUGCCCUCCAAUCCAACUUUGGCCAAGCAGAUCUUUCCCUGGAUGAAAGAGUCUCGCCAGGCAACCAAGCAGAAAAACUCUUCACCUAGCAACAACUCGAGCAACGCAGCAUCAGGUGGAGGUGAGAGUGGUAGCGGUGGGGAGAAGAGUCCUACUGGUGGGUCAUCAGCAUCCUCAAAGCGAGCGCGUACAGCCUACACCAGCGGACAACUCGUUGAACUGGAGAAGGAGUUCCACUUCAAUCGUUACCUGUGCCGUCCACGACGUGUAGAGAUGGCCAAUCUGCUCAACCUGUCUGAGCGCCAGAUCAAGAUCUGGUUCCAGAACCGAAGGAUGAAGUACAAAAAGGACCAGAAGUCCAAGGGAUUAAGUUCCAGUUCAGGAGGGCCAUCCCCGACCAGUUCACCGCCUCUGCCCAUGCAAUCCUCCGCCACUUAUCUCAACUCAAUGCACCAAAUGGUUGUGGGAGGUGGGGCAGGAGUGUCAUCGUAUGAUGCCCCGUCUCCUCCAUCAUUUGGGAAAUCCCACCAAGGAGUCUCCUAUUCCAUGUCCACUACCUACUCUACUCUCCCUAUGAAGGGCUGUCCCCCACAACAGAAGUAUAGUCAUCAAGAUCAAGACUACAGUGAGCCACAUCCUCACCACGGCCUUGUACAGGCCAACAGUACCAGCUUUGGAACUCCCACUAACAUGCAGGCUAGUCCAGUAUAUGUGGGGAGUGGCAGCUAUGUCCAGGAACCACUAACUGGUUCUGGGCCCUCCAUGUAUGGCCUAAAUCACCUUGGCCCUACACAUUCCCAUCACCAAACCAUGGAAUAUACUGGCGCAGGCCCCAUGUCAGCCACUAACCAGCACCAUGUGAGUGGAACUGUACCUCCUGGCACCUGUGACCCACCUACUCAUGCAACAUAUACAGAGCUCUCAGUGCACCAUACUCCGACUCAGGGCAGAAUCCAAGAUGCACCCAAGCUCACUCACCUGUAG